CGUGUCUAUAGCGACUUCCGGCUUCCUCUUGGUUUACUGGGCUUAAGUUUGGCUUCCCGGUGCCCAGUGGGCUCCAAGAAGUCAUCAAGCAUGGACUUUGAGGGGCUCUUCGACGAGAGGAAUUUCACCUUUUCUGACUUCCAGGAGUUCACGUUUCUUCCAGGUCAUCAGAAAUUAUCAGAAAGGGUCCGUAAACGCUUGUACUAUGGUCUGGAUACAGAUGUUACACUAGAUGCACUUUCUUGUCCUGUUACAGAUAUUGCAGUAGAACUUCUUCAAAAGUCAGCACCAAGUCCAAUCCGGAAACUUCAAAAGAAGUAUGCAGCACAUGUGGCAAGGGAAGCAUGCAUUUCUCCAUGUGCAAUGAUGCUUGCUUUGGUUUAUAUUGAAAGAUUGAGACACAGAAACCCUGAAUACCUACAACAGAUUUCCUCAUCUGAUCUUUUUCUUAUCUCUAUGAUGGUUGCCAGUAAAUAUCUAUAUGAUGAAGGUGAAGAAGAAGAGGUCUUCAAUGAUGAAUGGGGUGCUGCUGGAAAACAGGAUGUCCAAACAGUGAACAGCUUAGAAAUGAAUUUCCUUAAAGCCAUAGAUUGGAGGCUUUAUGCAGAUCCAGAUGAGUUUUUUGACAUAUUAACUCGACUUGAAUCAUGCAUUGCAGAAAAGCAGGGCUUAAAGCGUGGAUGGUUUACUUACACAGAUAUCUGCGUGCUUCUGGAACAGUUAGUGUGGCAAGAAGCAUUUGCUCACAUGUACAAGCAUUUGACAAAGCUCACAUGCUUGUUCAGUCUGGUUUACCUCACAAGUGUGGCAGGUUUGAUCGCCUCUGCAGCAGUUCUGCAACAGCUGAGUUUCAUGGAAAAAGCCUCCGGUGUACUUACUCAUCAAAGCUGUUCUUUGGAGCAGUAUAAAACAGCACAUCUUCAAGCUCCAGGUCAUGAGAUACUACCUCAGCAGUUAAUUUUCUCACCGCCUAAAAUUAACUGCUGUAUACUGGGAAAUGAAAGUCGAGACAAACAUGGCUAUGUUACUCCUACCACAGCAGUAUGUUUCUGGGGUUCAUUUUUCACAACAGUCACAUACUUUUCUGGAGGGAAACCUUUGGAGAAAUUUUUCAAGCAUACACCGUACUGCCCUAACUGUCUGAAGGUACAUAAAGAAAGUGGACAGUCAUCAAGAUGCAUAAGGCAAAAUGCUACACUGGUGAGCAUUUACCCUAAACGCAAUACUUACGAAGCAAAUUCGGUGAUGGAUUCUGGUGUAUCUCAAUAUAUUGUAAAGCCUCCUUUUAGUGGAAUGAAGGUCGGAUUAGAAGCCACCAGGACAGUGGCAGAUCACCUUUAUGGUUACAUUUUCCCAGAGAUGAUGCAUAUUCCACAUUGCACAUUAAAAACAAGUUUACUUUUUGAAAAUCAAUACAUUUCAAUUCUGCCUACCUAGACUAAUAGCACUAAGAAUUCAGAUUGUCUAAUGUUUUUACAUAAAAUGCAGUUCACCCUAAAAAUACAAAACAUUUUAAUUAAUCAUGUUUGUUAAUGUUUGUUUAGAAUUUUUGGGGUUAUUAUACCUUUUGAGAGGAAAUGAAUCCUACUACUCCUAAGCACAUAGAUUGUAUUUAAAUAGAUGUUGGGUCGAGUAAUAAUUACAAUGCACCUAACUUUAAAUUCACUCUGAGCCUUAAUUAAAUCACACUUUAUAGGUUAUGUGAAAAUGGAAACUUUGCUUGGAACUUAUUUCAGUGCUUGAAACGUUGUGUUUCCUGAGAUUCUGAGUUAUCAUUUAUUUCUAAAUAUUAAUUUAAUGUAUUAGCCCACCUCUUUGCAGCUUGGCUCAUUUGAUCAAAUUAGACAGCAUGUCUAUUUUUGAUUGCAUUAAACAAAGGGAGUAUUUCUGGAUUAACAUACACAUAUUUUAGUAUCUGAAUAUUUUAGAAAACAUAUAUUACCCAGCAAGACUCUUCAUGUGCAUAGCCAAAAUAUUUAUGGUUUUCUGCACUGAUCACUUUUGCUAGUACUCUUCACUGGUAUAAUGGUAAUCUCUCAUAUAAUAAACUUGUGUGAAAAGAAUGGAUGCAGUGAUUUAUUAGCAGUGCAUAAUUAGUAAUUUUAUUCCAACAUUUAAUGCUAAUAAACAUGGGCAUGUAGUGUUUUAUGUGUGACUCUACUGAGAUGUACUCAUUUGAAUAACCAUUUCAGCUUGCUUAUUCUAUUAAGUCUUAUUUCUAUAUGAAGAAAUUUUCCACUCUUAUGAGUGUGUGACAUAUAUUUGGUGGUGUGUGAAAUAAAUAUAGGUGCUGAACCAGAACCUUACAGUUACAGGCUCAAGUCCUAGUGAAUGCUUUGGAAAGGUAACAUAUAGGACAGUGGAUUUUGGAAUGCACUUUGUAGGAUAUGGGGGUUUAUACUAUAAUGCAUCAUAGAAUUUAAAAAGCUAAUGGAAGAUGCACAAUGCAAGCAGUAUUCUUGGACCUGUCUUGUGUGGUGUCUUUCUGAUGUUGUGCUCCCACUGUAUAUAAAAUGUGCUGUGCCCCAAGUGGUUUAGCAUGGUAAAGCAUAAUCAGAGUUGGAAGAAAUGGCGAAAGAAAAGGAGGAAGAAUGAGGUGAGAAAAUAAUCGAGCUAGGAUGAACCAGCUGUAUGCUGCACAAUCCUUUUCAAAGUGGCUGCCAGCAUUAGUGGUCGGCCUACAUAAGGUAUAACUUUGUAGUCCUUAUAUGUCAUGAUGUGGGACAUGAAUGCAUACUAUUUUUAUUUUAAAGUAUGUGAUAGCUGGUAAAAUGUAAGGUGAUAGUAAAUAUUCAGAGGUAAUUGUCUCAGAGUAGUAAAUUGUUGGUUUCUAUUAAGCAGUUUAUUUUAUUUUAUUUUUUUAAAUUAGUGUCCCAAUGGAUCCAGAGGUUUCUGAACCUUUUUUUUUUUUUGCUAUGGGCCGGGCAUUGCAUGUGUAAUAUUUUCAGACCAAAUGAGUGUGUUUUUUAAAAACAAAAAACAAAAUACACACAAUUUAAAUCUUAGAACAUGAUAAAAAAUAAGAAUAAUUAAACCACUGUAAAUUACCAAAGUACUAAACUCUGUGGGGGGCAAUGUGUUUGUUUCUUUUCUUUGAUACAAGGCAGUUGUAACAGAGAGUAAUGUUACUGAUUGACACCCUCAGUGUGUUGCUGACUUCUGUUCCCAUGUUACUUUUCUUUAAAGCAGUCAUUGCCAAAAAUCCACAUUGUAUGCAAGAAUCAUCAUAUUUCCAAUUAAAUUAUGCUUUUUUCCUUCACAUUUAUUAUUUUCAUCCACCUCACUUGACCUUUUUGUUGAUAAUGAUGUCACAGUACCAAAAAAAGCUUUCUAAACUUUGCUGAUUCUUGCUCAUAAUUCAAGUGAAUUAUCAGAAGUGAACAGUAUUAAUGAACAGUAUCCAGUGGUUGGCUGUUUAUUGUGCUGCAAAAAAAUAUUGUAAUGUCGUAGACAAGUUACAUUAGCUUGGGGUUGAGUUACCAUCAAUAUUAACUGGUAUUCCAUCUUGCAAGUGAACAGCUUUAGCAGGUGAGCCUAUAAAAAUGGCAAGCCUGCCAGUGUUGCAAAUUAAUUUUGACUAGUGCAGCAACAGUGAAUGGUCCAUCUCAGAAGAGGGAGCAAUGUAAAAGAGCAAGAAUCCACUGGCAAUUGGGGCCACCAAGCACAACAGUGGCCUGACGCUAGAAUAUGAAAUAAGCCAGUCAUAAUUAUUUUGCUUGUAUGAUUAGACUUGUAGUACUCUGUAUUGUGACAUUUAAAUAAUUUAACAUAAAGGUGAGCUCUGCCUAAUUUAUGUUUUAGUUUAAGAACAUAAAGAACAUAUUAAAACAGUAAAUCCUUCCCUUUUUGUGUGUGACCGGUAGAACACUCCAUUUGCAGCCUGGUGUCUGAGAAUCUGAUCCCUCACUCUUAAAAAUUUAAGUAAAUAAAUAAAUACUGUUACCAUAAUUAUUAAAAAAGAAUGAAUAUAGUGUGUAUAGCAGGAGUAUACUAUGGUUGCAGGCUUUCAUUACAAUCAAUAUAUUAUUGAAAAGAAAACGUGUUGUGAAAGUUUGUAUGACAGUUACGGCACUUAGGCUAAAGAGCCUGCAUUGUGUGUUUUGCUUUUAUAAAACCUUUAAUAUAUUUGAUAUUGUUAAAUAAAUUUUACAAUUGAAA